AUGAAAUUCGUCCCCCUUGAUCCCUUUCCAAGCCACCCGAGCGCACCACCAUCUUCGCCACCUCCUUGCAAACCUAACGCACCCCCGAGCUCACUCCCUAACCCACUCAAUCGCCGGUGCUCCUCGGUCUUCUCCAACUCCGGCAAAAACCUCCGCCGUGAAACCCCCUCCGUGGCCGCGCUGUUCCAGAUCGCCGGAACGAGCUCGCCGGAGCCGGAAUACCCGCCCGUCCGCACGGCCACCGUCGCCAAGCUCUUCUACUGCUUCUCCUACUGUGAAUACGAGGCCCUCGUCAAUGGGUUUAGGAUCGCGAUCGAGCUCAGGGUCCGACGCCUCGACGUCCGAGGCGAUUCGCAUCUAGUCAUCGACCAAGUUAUGAAAGCUUCAAGCUGCCAUGACCCAAAAAUGGAGGCUUACUGCAAAGAAGUACGCAAGCUGGAGGACAGGUUCCACAGCCUCGACCUCAACCACAUCGCCCGAUGA